GCGGGCGCCGGACCCCCAGGCGGAGCGACAGGUCUCGGGCCCUCAGGCGGAGCGGCGGGCGCUGGACCCCCAGGCGGAGCGACAGGUCUCGGGCCCUCAGGCGGAGCGGCGGGCGCCGGACCCCCAGGCGGAGCGACAGGUCUCGGGCCUUCAGUCGGAGCGGCGGGCGCCGGACCCCCAGGCGGAGCGGCGGGGGCCGAGUCACCAGGCACGACAGUGGGCUCCGAGUCAACUGGCAUGACCGCUGGCACUGGGUCAGACAUUGGAUCGUCUGGCUGGACAGCGGGCAUCGGGUCACCAGGCAUCAGGUCAUUUGGCUCGACAGCGGGCACCGCGUCAUCUGGCAAGGCAGUGGGCUCCGAGUCAACUGGUAUGACCGCGGGCACUGGGUCAGACAUUGGAUCGUCUGACUGGACAGCGGGCAUCGGGUCACCAGGCAUCAGGUCAUUUGGCUCGACAGCGGGCACCGCGUCAUCUGGCAAGGCAGUGGGCUCCGAGUCA